AGUGGUGCGCACUGCGGAGGCCACUGGGUUCUCAUCGUAGGCCCGGCAUCCGUAACACCUUGUCCCGAAUGGAACGAGAUGCCCUUCUACCAUCGCUGAUCAUGGUCAGGAGGACACCAUCGCAUGUGUUCUCUUAAGAGCCCGUCCGCGCAUACGCGCUCAGCACCUCAUCCCCCUCACAUCCACGAUCCUCCAUGGCAAACAACCAUCUAGCCACCCCCGACCCCGAGCUUGCGCCCAUUCUUGCAACGCUUCCGACUCCGGAUGAGACCUUACUCAAAGACUUCACCGCGUCGAGGGCUAUCUUCAGCGCAGCAAUGAACGGCGCAAACAGCGGCCAGACACCUUUCCUUCCCCCAGCAAACACCUAUGAAACGAAAGACCACAAGGUACCCGUCGAGGGGGGCGAGAUCGCCGUGCGCAGCUACGUGCCAGUAUCCGUUAAGGACGACAUCGGUUUUCCGCUGCUGUUCUGGACGCACGGCGGAGGCUGGGUCGUCGGGGACAUCGAAACGGACGAUAACUACUUGAAGAUCCUGAGCGUGGAGCUACAGAUCGUGAUAGUAUCAGCCGAGUACAGACUCGCCCCGGAGCAUCCGUUCCCGACGGGUCUGAACGACUCGUACACAGCGCUGAAUUGGGCGAAGCAGAACGCCGGUAGUCUCAGCGCUGACCUCUCGAAGGGCUUCCUCGUGGGCGGUGCAUCCGCGGGCGGGAAUCUCGCAGCCGUCCUCGCCCAUCGCGCGAAAACGGACUUGAUCUUCGACCAGUCCCCGCUCACAGGACAGAUUCUGCUGUACCCAGUGACGGUGCACCCGGACGUCGUGCCUGCCGAGUUCAAGGAGAAGUUUACCGCGUAUGAACAGAUGAACGACGUGAACACGCGUUUCAUGCGCGAGUCCUUCAACCUGCUCAAAGGCCCGGCGGCAGACCCAGAGGUCUCGCCACUCUUGUAUCCCGCCUUCGAAGGCCUCCCGCCCGCGCUCGUGCAUGUGUGCGGCAGGGACCCGCUCCGCGACGACGGGCUGCUCUAUGCGGAAAAGCUGAAGAAGGCAGGCGUGCCCACGAAGCUCAACGUAUAUGCGGGUGCGCCUCAUGGGUUCCAUCUCAUGUUCCCGCAAACGAACAUCGCGAAGAAGUUUGAGGCUGAGAUGAAGGCGGGAGUGCGCUGGCUGCUUUCCGGCGCUCCGGUCGAUGGAUAGUUCGAUGCGGUCAAAUCUGUGUCGUACGACGAAGGAUCUAAUGCAGUAUGCAACAUGUAUCAUAAGCGUGUCAAGUAACCAGAAGAUCGGUCUUGGACUUGUG